CCCCGAGCGCCCAGUCGGCUCCCGCCAUGGGGCGCCGCGCGCUGCUGCUGCUGCUGCUGCUCCUGCCGCGGGUGCUGGCGGCGCUGGGCGGCCUCAGCGGGCUCCGCAGCCGAGGAAGUAAGGUGUAACAUGACGAGGCAGGCUGCAUGUGGGGAAAGGUGCAUUCCUGUGACCUGGCUCUGCAAUGGACAGCAAGAGUGCCCCGAUGGGUCCGAUGAGCAGUGUGAGGAAGCGUGUCGUGCCCAUCCCCAGGCUUGGCAGUGUGAUGACGGGAAAUGUAUUUCUAGUAGCUGGCUUUGUGAUGGUGCUGGGGACUGCCUGGACGGCUCCGACGAGGCGAACUGCAAGCUCUCGACACCAUGCCCCGGCCAAACAGCCCAGUGUCCGGGACGUCCUCAGUGUGGCGAUGCUUGGGAACUCUGUGAGGGCCGUAAGGACUGGGAAGAUGGGCUCGAGGAAGCACGCUGCUCCCCGAACUGUUGCCUGGCGGGGCAGUGGCAAUGCAGGAACAAGGUGUGUGUCGAGGCUAGCUGGAAGUGCAAUGGGGUGAACGACUGUGGGGACUCCUCGGAUGAGGAUGCCUGUGCUUCCUGUCCAGACGGCAUGGUCAGAUGUGAUGAAGGGAAAUGCAUCCCGGAAUCCCUGGUGUGUGAUGGGGAAGCCGACUGCAGAGAUGGUACCGAUGAACCUGCCACAUGUGGGAAAAACUGCUCCCUGGCCAACGGGGGCUGUGAGGGGCAGUGCAGUGUCACCACCUGGGGAGUCCAGUGUUCGUGUGGAGCUGGGUGGCAGCUACAGCCGGACGGGCAGAGCUGUGCAGAUAUAGAUGAGUGCUCCUUGGCCUACGGUCCCUGUGGCCAGCUAUGCCGUAACGUCCCAGGCUCUUACUCCUGUGCGUGUAUUCAAGGUUACCAGCUCUAUAAUGGCACCAGUUGUCGAGUUACAGAUGGUGCUGUUAAAAUUCUUAUAGCGGCAGGUAGAGAGCUUGGGGUCCUGGAUCGAAGAACAGGCAUCUAUGAGCCCCUGAUACCUAUAAAAUCGAGGCCUACUUCUGUUGCAUAUGAUCUUGAGAGAAGUAUGUACUUUUGGGUGGAUGAAGUCAUAAAUGUAUUCGUCCUUGGGAAGCCAAAUUCAGUUCCUCUCUAUCCAGAACUUAAAACAGUGGACAGUAUCUCUUUGGACUGGCUCACGGGACAGUUGUAUUGGGCUAGCAGCUUCGCACGGGUUAUCUGUGCUGGUUUGAGUGAUGGUCGAGGUUAUGUCAGAAUCUUGGAAAAGGAUCUGGUGCCCGAGCAGCUGAUCGUGUUUCCCACAAAGAAGUCCCUGUAUUGGGUAAAUCGUGGUAAGAAAGGCAUGAGAACCAUUGAAGCUGCAGGAAUGGAUGGCUCGGAUCGGAAGGUGCUUGCAGCUGUCAACGUGGAGGAGCCAGUAGGGCUGACGCUUGACCACGUGGCCGGCAGGCUCUACUGGAUCAGUGAAUAUAAAGAGUCCAUAGAGACGGUAAACGUGGAUGGCAGUGGAAGGCACACCUUUCCGGAGGUCUUCUUGGAAGAUGACAAUCCAAUAGGACUGGCUGUAUUUGAGAACUCUUUCUUCUGGGCAAAUAAAAUACAGCUGUUUCACACUUCACCCCACGUCCCCAAGGAGAGAGUGGAUAUUGCUCAAUGCUUCCAUAUCUGCUUUCUCUGUCCUCCACAAAUCCCAACAGCCCAAGGGUAGGUCACUGACAUGCUCAUUGUUAAUU